AUGGCACGCACGGGCCGGCUAGCAGCACUAGUCGUCAGCUGCAUCUUCCUCCUGUACUACGUUGCCGCCCCGUCCAUGGCGUCCGGCGCCGGCUUCCUCCAGUGCCUCAAGACAAGCAUCCCCAGCAAUCUCGUGCUCACGCGAGGCUCUCCCUCGUUCGAGCCGGUCCUGGUCUCCUCCAUCCGGAACGCCGAGCAGCUGGGUCCGGCGAAGGCGAAUCCCCCGCUGUCCAUCGUGACCCCGACCAACUACUCCCACGUCCAGUCCGCCGUGCGCUGCUCCGCCCGGCACGGCGUGCGGCUCCGCGUGCGCAGCGGCGGCCACGACUACGAGGGCCUCUCCUACCGCUCCACCUUCACCCACGACCACGAGCCCUUCGCCGUGGUCGAUCUCUUCAACCUCCGGCAUAUCAUGGUCGACUCGGUCACGCCGACGCCCAUGGCCUAUGUCCAGUCCGGCGCGACCCUCGGAGAGCUCUACUACGCCAUCGGCAAGCAGGACCCGAAGCUGGCGUUCCCGGCCGGCUUGUGCCCGACCAUCGGCGUGGGCGGGCACUUGAGCGGCGGCGGGAUCGGUCUCAUGAUGCGCAAGUACGGGAUCUCUGCCGACAACGUCAUCCACGCCACCAUUGUUGAUGCAGCCGGGAACUUGCUUGAGGGCAGGGAGGCCAUGGGAGAGGACCUGUUCUGGGCCAUCCGUGGCGGCGGCGGCGGGAGCUUCGGGAUCGUGUUAUUAUGGCAGGUCCAGCUGUCCCCGGUCCCACCCAAGGUCGUCUUCUUCCAGGUGGCCAAGACUAUGGCGCAGGGCGCCGCGAGACUCGUGAGCAAGUGGCAGACGGUGGCCCCGGCGCUCCCCGACGACCUCAGCUUGCGGGUGCUCGUCGUGAACCGGACGGUCAGAUUCCAGGGCCUCUACAUCGGAGACGGCGGCUGCCACGAAGCGCUCAAGAUAAUGACCCAGAGGUUCCCGGAGCUGGGAGCCACGGCCAACGACUGCCGGGAGAUGAGCUGGCUGGAGUCCACGGCGUACGUAUACUUCGGCCAGUUCGGCAAUGCCAGCACGCCCGUCGAGGCGCUGCUGAACCGGACGUUUCCCGUGGGCUCGUUUCUGAAGCACAAGUCGGACUAUGUGAAGACGCCCAUCCCGGAGGCGUCGUGGGAGAAGAUCCUGUCCUGGCCCUUUGGGGGAGCCACGGACGGGCAGCUCAUGCUAGAGCCGCAUGGCGGGAGUAUGGGUGCCGCCUUUAAGGAUUUCGAGACGCCCGGGCCCGGGCCCUACCCGCACCGACGCGGCGUGCUCUACAACAUCCACUACAUCGAGGUGUAUUCAGAGAACCUGAGCACCAACCCGCCGAGCUGGAUCACGGGGCUCUAUGAUUUCAUGGAGCCGCUGGUGAGCAGCAACCCGAGGAGCGCGUACGUCAACUACCGGGAUCUCGACAUCGGCGUCAACAAGGACGGCGUGGCGAGCUACGAGAGCGCCAAGGUGUGGGGGGAGAGGUACUUCGGGGCGGCCAACUUCGAGAGGCUCGCGAGAAUCAAGGCCAAGGUCGAUCCGAAGAACCACUUCCGCCAUGAGCAGAGCGUGCCGCUGAUCUUCUAA